AUGGUUUCACGAUGGAGUGAAUCCAUAUAUUCAGAUGUUUUAAGCCCACGCACUGAUGGUUUAAGCUUUUUGAGCCAAUUAGAUGCUUGCUUAUAUGAAGGAACACCUAUGGAUGAUGAAUUACUAACAGCUGAAGCUAAUUUGUGGUCCAACAGAUUCAUUCAUUUGCGUUUAAUCGGUAAACGAAUUCAACCUCAGCCAAUUAAUGUAAAAUGUGAAGAAGCAUCAUUUCAUUUGCCAACAGUUAAUUAUGUAGUUCAAAGUGCAAACAACAAAACAUCAACCGGAUUACGAAGGAAACAAUCACAAUUUCCGCGUUUAAACAAUAAGAAGUCAUAA